AUGUUCCAAGAACGCCACAGUCCGGCACUUCCAGCUAAGCCUCCGACUCAGAUAAUCUCCUCUCUGUUCUCGUACAACCCUAAAGUCGAAGCUUCUAUACCCUCUGUUGUCCAAGAAACACCCUCUAAACCAAGUAACGUGCCAUUGACUGCCUCAGCCACAUUUGCAGACCUAGGUUUCCACCCUCUCCUCGUCGCUCACCUACAAUCCAAGAUGAGUAUCACUAAGCCAACAUCUAUUCAAUGUACUGCCCUUCUGACAAUCACGAAUCCCUCUUCUGAGGGCAUGAAUGCACACAACGUAUUUAUACAAUCGCAAACCGGCUCCGGAAAGACCAUGUCGUUCCUCCUACCUAUAAUCUAUGAUCUUCUCCCCCUCAGUACACACUCCUGGAUCGACCGCUUGAUAGGAACGCUCACCAUCAUUAUCGCACCUGCUCGUGAACCAGCAAAACAAAUUUCCGAUGUUUUAGAAACACUGUUAACACUUAAGCCACGUACUCGAUGGUUAGUCUCCGGCUUGCUAAGCAGAGGCGCAACUCGUGCGCACGAGAAGGCGCGUCUACAAAAAGGUGUUCCAAUUAUUGUCUCCACCCCAGGUUGCCUACUAGAUCAUUUGCAAAACACAUCUUCUUUCGACGCUGGAAAAUGUAGAUGGUUGGUUCUGGAUGAGGCGGACCGCUUAAUGGAACUCGGAUUUGAGGACACUAUCAAUGGGAUUGUGCAAGCGGUUCGGGACGGUAAGACCUUCGAGGUCAGGAGUUGGGAUUGGGACUGGCAAAGAUGGACAAUUCUUUGUUCGGCUACUAUCCGUGAAGACGUACAGAAACUCGCGGGCACCAUGUUAAUACAACCGCUAGUAAUCAAGGGACUCGACAACGAGAAGGCGGAGGAUUCGUCAGCAUCAAAACAUGGCAACAAAACAGCUACCACCAGCCCCGAGAACUUCACUCCCCCAUCACAAGUCUCCCAGAAAUAUGUUAUUGUUCCUCUCAAAAUGUGUCUCGUUGCGCUUGUCGCACUUCUUCGCUCAUUGCUUGCUCGGACACAAGGACAAAAAGGGUCGAAAGUCAUUGUAUUCCUUAGUUGUAUAGAUUCCGUCGAUUUUCACUGGUGUCUGCUAGGCAAUUUGUCUAUGGACGGCGAGAAGACGGAAAGUUCUGGGCCUGGCGAAGACAAGAGUGAUGCCGAAGAUAGCGAGGCAGAUGAAGAGGAAAGUAAAAUCGCUGCGCAGUCUUCGCUCCUUCCAGGCACUUCAAUCUUCCGUCUUCACGGCUCCCUUCCUACACCAAUUUGUCUCGCCUCUCUACAGGGAUUCUCUGCCAUUCCUUCCUCAAAAUACAAGAUACCUGCUCCCGCGUCCUCCAUUCUCCAUUGCACGUCCGUGGCAUCCCGAGGUCUCAACCUACCCCUGGUUCGUGCAGUCGUACAGCACGACCUGCCCACUGAAGGCGGUGCAACUGAGUACGUGCACAGGGUGGGAUGGACAGCACGUGCGGGCAAUGGUGGUGAAGCUUGGAGUAUCGUCACGCCCAACGAAUCUGAAUGGGUGAGAUGGGUGGAGGGGAAGAUGAGAGGCGAUGUGAUGGGAGAAAAGUCCGACGGUGACAAGAUCAACAUCACUCUUGAAGGGGCAAGCAUCGAGAGUGUGUUGGCGAAGGGUUUCGGUGGAAAAGGCUCAGAGUACGAGGCGCACGCGAUAGAAGUGCAACUUUCUUUUGAGCGGUGGGUUUUGCGGCGCAAGUCAAACGCUGACUUUGCUCGAAGAGCAUAUACUUCUUACAUGAGGGCUUAUGCGACCCAUCCUUCGAACGAAAAGCAUAUAUUCCAUGUUCGGCAUCUUCAUAAUGGACAUCCGGCAAAGGCAUUUGCGCUGCGGGAGGCGCCAAAGAUGAUUACUGACCACAAGAAUAAAAUUUCCAGCGUAUCUAAAGGCUGUGCACAGCAUGAUAUUGGCGAUGCAGAGCAACGGAUGCAAGAUGUUGUCCGUGCGCAGGGCCGGCGCUUGAAGAAGGAUGGCAGGAUGAUUAGCAGUGGGACCAACGAGUCUCAAAUUGCAUCAAGCACCACCUUGGAUUCACUCGUCCAUAGCUAUCGGUUGUAG